UAUUUUUCUAAUCCUAGAGAAGGAGGGAGACAAAGAAGGUCUUUCUUCGAAGUAAGCAUAAAUUCAUUGCUUGUUGCACAUUGUUUUCUGUUCCAAGAGUGAUCAAAGAGUAUAUUCGGCAAUUUCAAUCUUUUUUUGUAUCUGAUAUUCAUCACCAUGAGUCCGGCAACAUUAAAUGGUCAACCUGAAAGUUACAACUCGAGCAAAGUGAUUGGAUUUAAAGGGCUGGAAGCAUUAGCUUUGGUGGUGAUUAUUGGUGUCCUCCUGAUGAUCUCAGCACUGACCAGUUUUACCAAUUUUAUGAUAAUCUAUAAAUUGCGGCUGUUUCCUCGGAUGGAGAUGAUUGCCUUUAGUGACGAUGGACACGUUAUAUUCAAUCACGAAGCCAAUCUUAAUAGAGUUCAUUUGUACAAGAAUGUAAUGGCCGGUGUAUCAAAAAUCAAAGGAGAUAUUUCUCUAGAAGCUGGAUCAGAGUCAUAUUUGCACCUCAAUUCAGAAGGAUUAGAGAUUGGUUCACCUGAAGGGUUCAAAGUCUAUUCACAAAAAACAGAUAAAUUGCUGUUUCCACCAGAUUUUUCAAAGCUGCCUUUACCUUCAAUCUCGUCUAUAUCCAUUGAAGGGGGCAUCCGAAAUGUCCAUAAGAUAAGAUCGCCAACAGAUAGUGAUUUAACCAUAUCAAGUGCAAGAUCUAUCAGCAUAUCUGGAAAUGAAGGUGUUCAAAUUGAUUCUAAAUCUAUCAAUUUAGCUAGUUCAUCAAUAAGUCUUUCAAGUAUAAAUGGUUCAAUUGUAUUUGAAGGUGAACAAGGAAUCACAAUAAAUCCAACUCGAAUGAUAAUCUCGCCUGGAAGUAUUGAUGAAGGAGAGGAAACUAAUUCAAUGAGUUUACAAUAUAAAUUGUGUGUUUGUGGUAAAACUGGAAGAUUGUUCAGGAUCAAAAUUAAGUCACCAGAUCAUACGUGCGCUGAUGUGCGUUUUCCAGAGUCAAGCAAUCCUUGUUCAUAAAAUUACAUUGAAUGUACAAUUUGUGUUAUUUGUCAAUAAAACUCAAACUGUAAAAUCUAUCAAAUUUAGUUAUUGAUUGAGACAUCGAUAAAUUGAGAACAAAUCAGCUGGCUCCACAUAAACAGCAAAAGGUGUAUCCAUAAAGUCCAACUGUGAAAACAGUUUCUUAUAUCGAUGUUAUUAGAUCAGGAGAUCACAUUUUAAUUUAGUUUAUAUUUUAAUUUGUUGAUUCUGGGAUUAUCGGCAAUGAAUCGGUUCUUUCCGAUAGUUGGCUUAAAACGGCGCCACCGGCUUCAUACAGCCAAUUGUAACCAUGGAGACUAGUGACAGCAGCUUGAAACAAAGUUGCAAAGUGAUGAAAUCUUGUUUUGAAAUGGAUACAGAAUCACCAUCCUCAUCCUCAGUUUCACUCGGCAUAGGUGACGAUGUAAGUAAUAAUUCAUUUAUUUGGUUAGAUACUGGAAAUUUAAGCCCCAAUUUUGAGUAACAUUAAAUAGUACCAAUUACCAAGAAGUACCAAAGACAUCUGCAUUUGAUAUCAA